AUGGACGUGAUUAAUAAAGAAUCUUUUUUUGACGACCCUGAUGCUACAGUGUUUUGGAAUGUCACUGAGUAUCCAACAAAAGAUGCAGCUUUGGAUUUGCAGGAUAUAAUGUACAUAGAUUAAAAUUCAGAAUUGCAUAAAGGAACUCUAGGUAUCUCUAAUCACUAUUUACUUUAUUUCAAAAAGCAAGUAAGUUUGGUACAAUAACCAAUAGGCUGUAAAGAAGUGGGUCAAUUUGGAUAAUGCUACUAUUGAAUAUACUAAACAUUAGAAGGUAGGACUGGGAAUAAAAAUAACCAAAAAUAAACAAUAUUUCGAGUUCUUUGGAGACGUAGAACCGUGGUACAAUUACUUGAAAUAAUUUUGUAUUCAAAGGAACUUUUCUCACCAUUACACUUUACUGAAAAAGAUUGGAUAAGGAAAUUUUGCAGAUGUAAAGAAAUUCAUUUAAUCUAGGUGUUCAAAGCAGUAAACAAGAAUGAUGGAUCUGAAUAUGCAAUUAAGUGUUUCAGAAAAGCAAAAUUAAAUGAAACCGUUGACAGAUUGGCUAUAAUCAAGGAAAUAUCAAUUAUGAAAAAAAUUCAGCAUGAAUCCGUCAUUCGUUUAUAUGAGGUUUUUGAAGGAGAUGAAUUUUUAUUCUUAGUCUUAGAAUAUUUGAAAGGGGGCGAAUUACAUUAAUAUAUGAAGAAAUCACCUCCAUUUUCUGAAGAAAAAUGCGCUAAAUUCAUUUUUAGAUUAUUGAAAGCAGUUUCAUCUAUUCAUGAAAAAGGAAUUUUGCAUAGAGACAUCAAACCUGAAAAUAUCAUGCUUAGAAAUAAGGAAGAUGUCGAUAAUAUUUGUAUAGGGGAUUUUGGAUUGGCUGAUUAUUAUUCACCAAGUGGAUAAUACUUAUUUACCAGGUGUGGCACUCCUGGGUAUGUUGCUCCAGAAUUAUUGUAGGAUAAACUCUAUGAUUUCAAAAUUGAUAUUUAUAGUAUAGGGAUUCUAAUGUUUAUUCUGAUAGCAGGUAAAUCACCAUUUGAUGGUAAGGAUUACGAUGAUGUUGUGAUGAGAAAUUAUUAUGCAAAGGUCAAAUUUGAUGAGUGCAAAUUAAGUGAUAUAGGGAUGGACUUACUUUAAGGACUUAUGAACAAGAAUCCUAUCAAGAGACUGACUGCAGAAGAGGCUUUAAGUCAUCCUUGGUUUGCUAGUGAAAACUUAACAAAAGUAUGCUAAUUCAAAAUUAGAAAAUCAAACCAAACUACAUUAAAGAAAUUAGCCUAUUUUGAUAUGAACAUUAAAUAAUAUUCAGCCAUUUCAACUUAAUUUAGUCCAAAGAGUUCACUAUCCAACCUCAGUCCUUAUUGUGUUACAAAGUGCAAUAUUGAGGAUAGCCCUCAGACACCAAACACUCCAUUGAUUCUUAAACCCAUCAAUACUCCUAGAACACCAGCUACGUAUAAAUUACGAUAGGGUCGAAGAACUUAAAUACCUCUUCAAUAAUUAUGA